AUGCACUGUACGUUAGAACUCUGCGCCAGAACGUUUACAACGCCUUACUACGCCAACUUUAGUGCAGCACCGCUAGUCGGGCCUCGCACGGCACUGGUGACGGCCAGAGACGGUACUACCGAAGGCAAUCCCGCUAGUGCAUUUAUUGGGUUGGAGCCGGCCAGUCCAGGUCAACUGCCCGAAGAGAUAAAGUUCAGGAUUAACUACUGCAACUACAAAGACAUCGCUAAAUACCUGGUGGACCUAUUUACAACGUCCAUGAGCACUACUGGAGUGGUUGGAACAACCAACGACAGCUCUACAUCUGGGACCAACCAACAGAUUCGUCAACGUAUUACGCCAGGACUAGGUUUGGCGUUUAGUCAGUUCGACAACAUCGCAGAGCUCAUGGAUGACGUUGCGGACAGCAUGACGGAGGCGUUCCGAACGUCGGCCAAUAACACAGUCCUCGACGGUGUGGCGAUGAGCAGUGUCACAUACAUUGAGAUCACCUGGCCACCACUGAUCCUCCCCAUCGGUUUAGUUCUCAUGACAUUUACGAUGCUCGUAGUCAUGAUCAUCCGCAACAAUCAGCGCGGGAUGCCUAUAUGGAAGAGCUCGAGUUUGGCGUUGUUGUUCCAUGAGCUUUCAGGCUGGGAUGGCUCUAAAACUGCCGCCACGGGACCUGAGGAGGUGGAAGAGCAGGCGAAGAGCAUGCACACAAGGGUUACGAAUGGUGGCGGAAAGCUGUUGUUCUCUAAGGCAGAGUGA